UACACUGCGAUUUCGAGAAUGGCGAUGCUUAUCAGAAAAAUCGUAUGUUUGAAGAAAAUUCUUUUCGCGCAAAAAUUUUCAAAAAGCACAAAGGAGGUAUGGAACAAUAUCCUGCAUAAUAGCCACAGAACAUUGCUUAGAAAAUUCAUCGAGGAACAUCCUGAUGUGGUAAACACAAUCUUGAAAAAUACCGAAAUCACUCGCGAUCAUCUGACACCGGAAUUGAAGUUAUUUCUGUUGACGAAGAAUUGUCUCUUAUAUCACGAGCCCUUCAUCGACAAUUGUGAGAAUAGCAGAUUUGAUCUCUCGACCAGAAGCGUAUUCCAGAAUCCGUUUUGGUCUAUAUAUUGGCCCGGAGGUCAGGUACUGACGAGAUUCAUUCUUGAUGAGAGGAAAAAGAUUUUAGGACGCGCAAAGCAGCAUGCGAAAAAAGAUGCAUUAAGAAUGCUGGAUUUGGGUGCAGGAUGCGGGGCUACUGCGAUAGCCACGAAAUUAACGAUUGGAACCUGCAACAUUAUUGCGAAUGAUAUCAGCAAAAUCGCCUGCAUAGCUAUUGCGAUGAAUGCAAUAUUAAAUAACGUAAACAUUGAAGUGUCAUGGAAAAACCUGUUGGAAGAAUUACCGAAAGAUUCGUACGAUGUGAUUUUUGUCGGUGAUUUGUUAUAUGACGAAGAAAUAGCAAACACUCUAACUGCAUGGUUGGAACACGCAUAUAUAGGAGGUGCGCAAAUUUAUCUAGGAGAUCCGGGAAGGCACGGAUUAACUGAAGAUCUUAAGAAGCGAAUGAGAUUAUUGCGGCAAUAUUCGUUGCCCGAAAAUGUCAGAAAAGAGAAUUAUGGUUAUAAUACGGCUACUGUAUGGGAAUUUUAUCUAAGUAAUUGACAGAGUAUGUAGAAUUUAAUACACAGAAACGGAGAAAAGAAAGAACAUGUAUAUGUAUUAAAAGAUGUCUUAAUAUAAAAAAAAAAUUAAUAUUUUUUUUUAUAUUAAAGAUUGGAUAUAUAAUUUAGAUAUUAUUAUUGCAUGAAAUAUUAUUUUAUAAUAAUAGCAAGAAACUAUAAGUUAUAAUCUUAAAGCGUGUUAAUAGCUUAUAUUUGUUAUGAAAUGUUUAACCUUAGCUUUCAAGUUAGAUACAAUAAUUUAUUUUAAAAUUUAUCAUAAAAAAUUAUUUGAAAAAAUAUAAUCGUAUAUGGGAUAAAUAUAUAAGUUUGUUAACUUUCAAGUAAAUAUAUACAUAUGUAUUGAAUAUUUCCUCAUUUUUACGAAAUAAAAACGUCAAGGUGUACUCAAAUUGCAAUAGCUGGUAAAUUGAUUAUUUUUUGGAUUUAUUUAUAUAAAUUGGAUUAUAAGAAAUAGCGUACUUGUCUUUAGAGAGAGAGAGGCGCGUUUAAGAAUUCUUCAACACAUUGACGUAAAUGCACAAAAAUUGUUAUGACGUACACAUGUGUAUAAAUAUCGUGUAUAUAACAAUAGUAAUUCGAAAUUUACCGCAUAUGACGAAGAUCACGUGCAAUGUCGUGCUUACGUUAAAGAGAGAACAUAAUUUCAUCGAGGAAAUCUUCGCGAUGUUUCAAUGAAAUACGUAAAUGUAAUAAUCUGCCCGCGCGCCUAUAUGUGUGUGUGUGUGUGUGUGUGUGUGUGUGUGUGUGUGUGUGUGUGUGUGUGUGUGUGCGUGCGUGCGUGCGUGCGUGCGUGCGUGCGCGCGCGCGCUAUUUUAAUAGCAGGGAAUUCUAUUUUCUUAUAUAAUCAACAUACAUAUAUCUCGUUUUCAUAUAAACGCGUGUACACACGUCAAAGCAUGCGUAUUCAUAUUCUUAUUGUAAAUAUUUAUGAAGUAUGUUGUUUUGCAUCAGAUGAAGUCUGCGUCAUUUAAUAAGCUAUUGUCAUUGAAUGCAAAUCCAAAUA